AACCCAACGCGUGAUGCAUUCCACGUACGUACGAAGUACAGGCACAUUGCGCGCCACCCAGCACCCGCCGCGAGUGUGGCUGAGCCCGCGGCGAUGACGCGCCCAGCUCGGCGCCAACACCCACGAGCUCCCUCAUUAAACCCAGCAGUAGCCUGGCCUUGCUCCCCCCGAAUCCCUCGUAUCCCAGCUUUUGCGCCCUGAAUACUACUCUACAAUCAAACGCGCUCCGUGCGACGCCCACCCCCAGCUCUCCCGGCCUCGCGUUCCCUUGCGUCGCAUCGCUCCACCGCUCCACCUCCGCAGCCUCCGCGAUCGACCGCCACAAACCCGCACCCGCGCUACACCACUAGCCUCCCGCGACGCCAGCUCCAGCUCCAGCUCAAGCUCCAGCUCAAGCUAGAAACCGCACAACAUGUUCUUCUUCUUCACGUGCGGCACGCACACGUUCCAGUCGCAGCUCGCAGGCGCCGAGCACAUCACCGUGCAAUGCCAGAACUGCGGCAACUUCUCUGGACGGGUGAUGAAGCGGUGGCAAUGGUUCACAUUCUGCUUCGUCCCCCUAAUCCCCUUCUCGCUAAAACCCUACCACGAAGUCGGCUGCCACGUGUGCAAUUUCUGGCAGGACGUCAAGUACCGCCCGGACGUGCAGCAGCAGAUGAGCAGCGGUGGCUCUGGGCACGCUCAGGGGCCGGCGGUGAUGAUGCAUGGCGGUAAUGGAGGCGGACAGGGACAGGGACAGGGAGGGCAGCCGCCGAGUGGGGUCCCGCAGUAUAAGUGAGCACGGCAAGAGGGUAGUAGGUGGGAGAAGCGGGGGCUGUGUUUGAGGGCGAGGGUGAGCGCAGACGCAGACUGUGCGGUGUUUGAGUCGGGGCGAGAUGGGUUCGUUGGGCGUUUGGGCGGGCUGAUACCACGGGGUUCUCUUUCUAUAUUUAAUGACUGCGGUAAUGCGAGAUAUUUUCGCGGGUUGAGGUUCGCGGCGUGGUUUGCGAGGGCGUGUGCAGAGU